AUGUUAUUUAAAUCAACUGCAACCUUUUUCUACAUUCUGAGCCUGCUAUACUCUGCAGAAUCCACACUACUUGAAGGUAUUUACUGCGGCAAAGAAAACUGUUACGAUGUGCUGCAAGUCACACGAGAAGCCACCAAAAGUGAAGUUGCCAGAAGUUAUAGACGGUUAGCUAGACAAUACCAUCCAGAUUUACAUCGGGAAAAGGAAGCCAAAGAACUAGCAGAAGAGCGAUUCAAAGCAUUAGCUAACGCUUAUGAAAUAAUCAAAGAUGAAGAGAGCAGGACUGAUUAUGAUUACAUGCUGGACAAUCCUGAUCAGUAUUACGCUCACUACUAUAGAUAUUACCGGCGACGAGUGGCCCCAAAAGUCGACGUAAGAAUCGUUAUUGUAGUAACUAUAUCCAUUAUUUCAAUUAUACAGUAUUACUCUGGAUGGCAGAGAUACGACACUGCAAUUACUUACUUCAGUACAAUACCAAAGUAUAGAAAUCGAGCUCAGGAUAUUGCCAAACAAGAAGGCUUAUUGCCGGAUAAUUCGAGAAAAGGUGGCAAAAAGCAAAAGGUUUCCAAAGAAGAUAUAGAACAAAUAAUCAAAAAAGUUAUUGAAGAUAAAAUGGAUAUUAAAGGCGCUUAUGCCAAACCCAAAAUAACUGAUUUAGUUUGGAUUCAGUUACUUAUUUUACCUUAUACCAUUGCAAUAUAUAUUUAUUGGUACUGUUCUUGGAUUUGGAGGCAUACAGUUCUCAAACAGCCCUUCAAUGAAGAGGAGAAACUAUACAUAAUAAGGAAAUUUUUAAAAAUGGGCCAGCACCAAUUCGACUCGCAAGAAGAUGAAAAGAAACAAGAAUUUUUGGAUAAGGGGUUGUGGAUUAAAGAAAAUUUUGACGAAUGGUUUGAGGAGCAAGAGGAAAUUACUAAAAAACAAUUAGCUGAAAGUAAUAGGUAUAAACAAUAUAGGCGGUAUAUGAAAAACCAUGGAGCUGGAAGAAUGACUUUUGAUGACUCUUAA